AUGGGAGGGGAAGUUGUCGUGUUUACACUUAGCCUCCAACUGAGAACGGGAAAAUACGGAGCUUGGUUUCUGAAGUGUUCAAAUCCCAGAUUCUCACGUUCUCAUGGGACCCCCAUCUCUGCCGCCACUGUCUACCCACAGGUGAUUAUCGCUGACGACUACUCAGAUCCCUUUGAUGCCAAGAAUGAUCUCAAGAGUAAAGCAGGAAAGGGGGAGAGUGCUGGCUACAUGGAGCCCUACGAGGCCCAGAGGAUCAUGACAGAAUUUCAGAGGCAGGAAAGUGUCCGGUCCCAGCACAAAGGCAUCCAGUUAUAUGAUACCCCUUACGAACCCGAGGGCCAAAGCUUCGAUUCGGACUCAGAGAGUGCAGUCAGCCCCCGACUGCGGGAGAGCAAGCUGCCCCAGGAUGACGACAGGCCCGCCGAUGAGUACGACCAGCCGUGGGAGUGGAACCGGGUCACCAUCCCAGCUCUGGCAGCCCAGUUCAACGGCAACGAGAAACGACAGUCAUCCCCCUCUCCUUCCCGGGACCGGCGGCGCCAGCUUCGAGCUCCCGGAGGGGGCUUCAAGCCCAUCAAACAUGGGAGCCCCGAGUUCUGUGGGAUCCUGGGAGAAAGAGUGGAUCCUGCUGUCCCUCUGGAGAAGCAAAUAUGGUAUCAUGGAGCCAUCACCAGAGGGGAUGCGGAGAACCUGCUGCGGCUGUGCAAGGAGUGCAGCUACCUUGUCCGGAACAGUCAGACCAGCAAGCAUGACUACUCCCUGUCCCUGAAGAGCAACCAGGGCUUUAUGCACAUGAAACUGGCCAAAACCAAAGAGAAAUACAUUCUGGGUCAGAACAGCCCCCCGUUCGACAGUGUCCCAGAAGUCAUCCACUACUACACCACCAGAAAGCUGCCCAUCAAGGGGGCCGAGCACUUGUCCCUCCUCUACCCUGUGGCUGUGCGGACCCUGUGAGAGGACCAGCCUCGCCCUGCUGUGCGACAGGGCCCAGACCUGGAGGAGCCGAGCCCCCGCCGGCCGGCCGUGUCCAGUUCGUGCCGUGUGUAUGGUACUCGCUCACCACUGCAUGUCUCGAGAAUGCUGUUGCCACUAUGGGGGCUGGGCAAGGCCUGGAUAAAGACAGAGGGACGGCCCACAAGCCACCCCAGCCCCCACCCCGCCCCCUCCUUCAGUUCCUGUGAAUUAAAAUAUUUGCAGAUCCAAAGAGAUGCCUUCCAGGAUGAACAAAGGGGAGCAGCUCCGAGGGGCCUGGCGGGAACUGCCUGGGUUGCAGCUCUUUGUUCUCCAGCUGUCAGGAAUUCACACCUGUGUGUGGGGCACAGCUUUCCCACCAGGGCCCCGCCGGUGCUGGGAGCCAAAUGCUGGUGCUUGGAGAGCCCAGAGGCCCCUGGAGUCCUGCCCCCCUCUGGUGUGCGUGUGUCUGUGUGUGUGUGAGUGUGAGCACUUACGUGAGACAACAUUGUCACACACAGAUGUGAGUAAGCCCACUAAUCCACGUUUAGUCACUCAGCGUAAUCAUUAGAUCUUCAAGGAAUCAUUGUGUGGUCAAAAAGAGGAUUCAAUUAUUUAUGAAUAGGGUGUGUAAAUAAAAUAGUCAUUUAA